AGUGUCCCCAUCCCCACAUAACAAUCUCUAGUUCUGGGAGUAUGAAGUUGUUUUCCUGUCAAUUAGUAUUUUCAAGUUCAGAUCUAUCUUUUAAUUUUCCAUUUACGUUUAUGAACUUAGUUAACUCAUAUUUAUGUAUGCGUGGUUACGGUCAUCGUGUUUUGUUGUCUCAUUUUAUUUGGAUAACAUCCAUUAAAUGUUAGUUUUUGGCAAUCAGUUCAUACGUCAAAUAAAUGUAAUAUUUAUCUAUUCACUUGGAGGUUAAAUUUAGUAAAUUUAUCUUUAGCUGCUUAGAAAUUUAUAAUUAUAUUGUCCCAUUUAAUCAACAAUAUUCGAAUGUCUUAGCGUUUUUGAAACGUUGAGUUUUCAUUACGUCAAGUUUUACUUUUAAUCGCUAUUAAAAUGCAUGGACGUCUGAAAAUUCGUUCUUCUGCCGAACAAGAAGCUCUAAAAAAAAAGGAAAAGCAAAUGAAAGUAGUGAAAUAUAAAGAAGCUAUGAACUUGAUAUUUCAAAAGAGAGAUGAUAACAUAUACGAUGAUGAAUUACUGAUGCUGACUGAGGGAAUACUAUCGGAGAUUCCAGAUUUAAGUUCAGUGUGGAAUAUUCGUCGUGAAGCAUUCAAAAAAAGAGAAGGGUGUCAAGAGGAAUACAUUGAACUGUUAAACAAGGAAUUGAUUUUGACCGAAAAUUGUCUGCAUAAAAAUCCCAAGUCUUAUAACUUAUGGCACCAAAGAUAUUGGAUAAUCAAUCAAUUACCGGAAGCAAAGUGGAAAUCCGAAUUAGAACUUUGCAAUAAAUGUCUGAAUUUAGAUGACAGGAAUUUUCAUUGCUGGGAUUACAGACAACAGUUGGUUAAAAAUGUAGGAGUACCUAACCAAGACGAAUUUGAAUUUUCUGAACUUAAAAUUAUGGGAAAUCUAUCGAACUACUCUUCAUGGCACUAUCGAAGUAAAAUUAUAUCCAAUACGUUCUCUGAUGAAACAGAAAUCUUAUCGAUUUAUCAUGAAAAAUAUAACAAAGAAUUGGAUCUUGUCAUAAAUGCUAUAUUCACGGAUCCCAAUGAUUCAAGUGCAUGGCUUUAUCAACGUUGGCUUUUGGAUUAUAAUAUGUUUAAGGCUAAUGACAUACGGCAAAUAAAAGUCACAGAAAAUAGCGCUACAAUAAUAUUCCAUGGUAACACUGAAAUAAAACCCGACGAACUUAUAUUAACUCGAAAAUAUAGUCGAUUAGAUCCUUACAUAGAUCACACAGUUACCUGGUAUUCUUACAAUAAUAAAGUACAUUCAAAACAAUGGAGUUCUAAUUUGCCGGCCAUUGCAAAUGGAGUAGACAGAGAAUUCUUAUCGAUAUUUGUUAAGUAUAACAAUAAAUCUUAUGAUCUCCAUAAAUCUAAAAACUGUAAUGUAUGGUAUUACAAAUCAUCCAUAAAACAUACUGAUACACAUCGCACUCAAUUGAUUGAACAGUUAAACAAUAUUGAAAAAUUGUUAGAAAUGGAACCAAAUAAUAAGUGGGCGUUACUUACUGUGAUACUUCUUAUGAAAAAUUUGGAUCCGAUCAAGUAUUAUAAUGAAAUUUUGAAAAACUUAUGCACUCUUAUGAAAAUAGAUAAUUUACAUACAGAGUAUUAUACUGACGUCCGUAGCAAAUAUUUGCUGGAUUACAAACUGCAUACUUUGAGGGUAAAUGAAGAAGACUUUGACACAUGGUCAACCAUAGAUUUAUCGAAUCUUCAACUGACAAUUUUGUAUAAUGAACAUGGCUUAGGUUUCGUUGAACAAUUAAACAUAUCUGGAAAUCACUUGAAUCAUUCAUUGCACCGAUUGGCUGUUUUACAAAAUUGCAGAAAACUAACUUUAUGUAACAAUAAUCUUACAAAUCUGGACAAUUUUCCAUAUUUAUCGAGUCUCAAAUAUCUUUCUUUACGAAAAAAUAAAUUGACAAACAUUGAAGACAUUUUGAACCUACUCAAACUGCACAAACUCACUGAAUUAGAUAUUCGUGAUAAUUUAUUAGGUGUAAAUAUUGAUGAAAUUACUUCAAAAAUUCUGGCUAUUUCACCAAAUUUAAUAUUAAAAGUUAAUGAAUGAUUCUUUAAUAAACUUUAUAAAUAAAAUUUUA